AUGGUGCCGCAGCACAGCAUCGGACCGCGUCAUCAUGGCCUGCAUAUGCGGCUGAGUAGGGUUGAACGACAGCCACUCGCUCGCCUUCAAGGUUGUUGCCCGGUGCUCCCCGAGUGGUCAGUAUUGGCACGUAGUGUAGACCGACAGUAUCUACUCCCGAAGCUAGAAGAGAACUACGAAAGGGGAGUUGUUGCAUGUUGGCGCACAAGCAUGAAGAGCUUGCGCAUGGUGUGGACAAUGGCAGCUGAGAUGACGCCCUCGGUCAACGAAUCGCACGUACAGUAUGCAACGCCUGAGCAAGAAGCGAAUGCAAUGGGAGAGACUGUGAAGGGGGAUAGGAUGGAAUGGAAUGGAAUGGAAUGGGUGGACGAAUGGAUGAAUGGAUUAGCUGUGCGACGAGGACGGCUCCCUCGUGGCCGCCAAAACAGGUACAAGCCAAGAGGCAAGUGGAUGCAGUUUCUGGCAAACCUGAAGGAGAAAGCGAAAUCCGGGACUGGGUUCUCGGUCUCGAUUUAUUUUGUCCGCAUGAGACAGGCGGUGGCUUGGGAUGAAUAUCGGGGCUUUUUCAGGAUCAUGGACAAAGUGGAACUGCGGUUCCAAAAUUUGGUAGCGAGUUAG